ACCUCGUACCUAUCUACCUACCUACCUACCCAUAGUACACAUAUAGAUACGUAAUACACAUCUAACUCUAGUCAUAUCGAAUAGCUCCUGGCAUUAAACGAACAUACUAAUGUGUGUAUGUGUAUGUGUGUCGUGUGAAGUUUGUAUUCCGGCUUUCUUGACCAAUCAAUGGUUGGGUUGGGUUGGGUUGGGAAGCCAGCGUGUCAACGAGCAGUUCAGAAAGUUUCCUAUGACCAUCAACAUGUUUCAGUUUGUUAUCCUGUCAAUGGCACUCUUGUUCAUUUCGGACCAGGCAGGGGCCAUUGAGUGCUACACUGGCGAAAAUUCUGGACCAUCCCAGAACAUCAAAGACUGCGGGGAUCAAGUGGCUCAAUGCAAGAAGGAAAUCAGAGAGUUUCACGACGAAAGCUUGCCCACGACCAAUUACUACUGCGGUGGAAGCAACAAUGAGGAUAAAUGUGAAGUUGUCGACGGGACCAAUCUAAAGAAAACCGUAUGCACAUGCACAGGGAAUUUGUGCAAUCAGGCCUACGCUUCAAGAUUCUCCGUUCCAUUAACAAUGCUUGUCGUGCUCAUGGUCAUUGCUCACGGAUAGAUUGAAAUGAAAUACAAUGGAUUACGUCGUUGAUUACUUACUUUUGAAAAGCCACCAUCUGUCCCUUCUUCAUAGCAGUAACGUGACCCAGAGAUGGACUUUUUCGCCCACUGACAUCUCUGAACGGAUGAACAGAGUUGCCGUAGAAUCUGGUCACCACGGUCUCUUGGCUGCAUGCCAAGAAAGUUGCUUUUGGUGGGACAAGAUUUUGUUUAUCUCGAAAAUGUCAGCCAAAGGAUUUUGCGAAUACGAAUCGUUUAAACGUGGGAUCAAGGAGCAGGACAAGUUUCUGCAAUUCAUCUCCACGCUAAAAGUGAACAACAAUAACAUCAUCAACAACAACAACAAUCAUUAUAGCAGCUAUAACAAUGUGGUGUCAUCGAGAAACGGAUCCACGACAUCUGGGUUUGAUCAAUUGGAGGCUUUAUGCGCUCUUUUGGACGAGCGGCAAAAUCGAAUGGGCGAUUUACUCGCUACCGCAACCACAGAUCCUCCUCCUGCAUCAAUGGAAAAUACAUCGCCACCUGCAAUGAUGAUAGAUGGAACGUCCAAAGACUUGGAAUCGUCGAGGUCCAUGUUGGCUCGGCGACACUCCUUGGCCAGUAUGGAACAUCAGCCUGAUGUGGAAAAAAAUAGGAAGGAAAAAUCCCCGUGGGGAAAGGUCAAGAAUAUCAUCAGUACUCGCCGUGAUUCCUCUCGCAAACGGAGUUGCCCUCAAGAGCCCUCUUGGAGGACGAAAAAUCAUUCCGCGACCAAAGAGAGAAGGCCUCGAUUUUGUCAAUCCGACGACUUUGUUGGGCAGAUGCCGACGGAGACAAAAAAGGAUAAUUUGGAGGCAUCAAUCUCAACGUACGACCAUCUUUUGUUGCCACCCAUGGACCUCCAAUUUACCGAAGAAUCUCAGUCCUUACCUGGAAGUCCGAGCAGAGUUUCAACUGUGUUCUUUUAUGAUGAUCAGAUGUUUGAACAAGGUAAAAUGAAACAUUUUUCUUGGUCUACAGGUAAGCCUGAAAUGCUAUAUUGA